AUCCGUGCCACCACAAAGACGCUGCUCUGCAAGGAUUCCGGGCCUGAACUGGGACAAGGACUAUAGUGGACUAUACAAAAGAAAAUCACGUCUGGAUCUCAGCAUGAACUCGUUGAAUUUCUGCGGGACGUCCAGCAGUGGAGUGUUUCCUGUCCAUGGUGUCAACUCUGUGCUGUUGGACCUGCACCACCAGAUGGCGGAGCAGUUCCACGCGUACUCUGCUGCAGGACCCACGGUGCACACACUCACUGUGGCUGAAAGACUAGCAGAGCUGAUUCUGGAGGCUCGCUAUGGAAACCAGCAGAAGCAGCGGCGCAGCCGCACGGCCUUCACUGUGUCCCAGCUGCAGGCUCUGGAAAAAGCCUUCCAACAGACACAGUACCCAGAUGUUGGCAUGAGGGAGAGGCUGGCUGUUUGCAUCAACUUGCCCGAGGCUCGAAUCCAGGUGUGGUUCAAAAACAGGAGAGCAAAGUUUCGUAAAGAUCAGAAGUGCUCCUCACUCCACAGAGACACCGGUGUGGAGGAGACGCCACAUCGCAGGAAAGUGGGACAGGAAGAAGUCAGGAGUGAAGGCCAACAGGACGUCGUCGUCACUGACACUGACAGCAACGUCCCUCCCUCUCCUCACCCUCUUCCUCCUCUUCCUCCAUCACAUGUUAGAGAGCCAUGCCCUCCUCUCACCCCCUCAGACUCUGACAUCUCACGGUGCAGCCUCCAUCUCCGCUCCCCUCCACUCUUCCCUUUCAUGACAGGGGAGCAUUACAGUCACCCAUGUCACCCACAGCCUGCUGUAGGAAUAGUGUCCACUGAGCUCGGCCUCCCGCACAUGUUCUGGCCCAUCACACAGCAGCACAGCUCCACCCUGCAGGGGCUUCCUCCAGCAUCAGUGACUAAACACUGCAGCCUGUCCCUCCACACCGCAUGCUCCAGUAAACCUGUGCCUCACCCUCACCUGGGGCUGUAACUGAUGUGGACUCAAAUGAAGAAUAAACUUAAAAUCAUUAUGAUGCUGCUGUGAUGUGCUGCUUUUUUAUUUAUUUUUAUUUUUCAGAUCUUUUACUCAUCAAACUUGUCAGAAACGCAAUAAAAAGCAGUGUAGGGUUUUUAUUAUCUUUGAAGGAAGUGACUUUUUGUCAAUUUUGUUGACCUCUGUUGACCUCUGUUGUUGUAGGAAUGAUGUGUAUAUCUCAGAUCCACUGUCCGAUGAUCAAAUAACACAUUCAUCUCUGGAAAUUAGUAAAAACAGCACUAUUUAGCCAGCUACUAUGUCUAAAGUAUACAUAGCGUCAUGGUAAAGGUUUUCAAGAAAACUCUCCUCUUUGUAACAAAGCAAUGUAAAAUACAAAUGUGAAAUAAACUUAUUUCCUUGAA